AUGCAAGAUGCAGCGUCAGCCAUCACAGGAUAUAUAUCCAUCUUAUGUUGGAUCAUUGUCUUCACACCACAACUAUGGGAGAACUAUACACGAAAGAGUGGAGAAGGAUUAUCCAUGCCAUUCCUAAUCAUAUGGCUUGCUGGUGAUUUGUUCAAUCUUGUUGGUGUCGUAUUACAGGGUCUAUUGCCAACCAUGUUUGUGUUAGCGUUGUGGUACUCGGUGGCCGACAUUGGACUCAUUUGGCAAGUGCUAUACUAUCGACGACGACAACCCAAGUUCCUGGUGGUGGAAGAAGAGAUCAAUACAGCAAGCAACAACAACAGACGAUCAUCACAACACAAUGCUGAUGAGACUGAACCACUUUUAAGAAGAACAAGUGCUACUCAAGAGGAGCAACAGCAUUUGAGUUGGCGGCCUGUUACAGCAGCAUACACCGGGAACCGAGAUCCGCAGAGUACCUUGUCCAUGAAUGUCCUUUUUGCCGUUUCCACCACCUUGCUUACAAUCAUAUCCUGUUAUGCCUAUAUCCAUUUUGGUUUAUCAUCUCCUCAGCAACAUAGCGAAUUGGAUGAUGAGUCUCAAAGCCAAAAAUUGCAAUUAUGGCCGCAAAUCUUUGGUUGGGUCAGUGCCUCAUUGUACAUCAGCAGCCGCAUGCCUCAGAUUAUCAAGAACUGGAAACAGCAAAGCACUGAAGGACUUAGCAAGCUUUUAUUCAUUUGUGCUGUGUGCGGUAAUGUUUUUUAUACAGCGUCAAUCUUCCUUCGCUCGGUCGAUCCAUACUAUCUUUUGAUCAAUUCUUCUUGGAUCAUUGGUAGUGUUGGUACACUUGUGUUUGAUUUUAUUAUAUUUAUCCAAUUCUUCUUGUACCAGAAUCAUAAGACUGAGACGCAAGGGUGA